AUGAUCGAAGACGACAUCUACCGUUCUUCCUCGCAGUUUCGAUUCUGGUCCUUCACAGAGGCCUCUUUACAAUCUUUGAGAGUCUCUACGAAUGCCCUCGCCGGUGAUCGUGUGCGGGCUGCCUUGCGGAGGGCGCGUGAGGCACGACAAUCCGCCAAUUCCUCUGCAGCAGGAACACCUACACCAAACCAAGCCGGAAGCGACGCAGAUGGGAAAGGCAAUGAAGAGAAAGAAAUUGAAUGUUUGACGCCUGAGGAGGAACAGGAGCUGGUGACGUACUUUUGCGAACAGAUUGUGCAACUUGGGGAGACAUACAAACCGCCUUUGCCAACGAUAGUACGGGCGACUGCCAUUCAAUAUCUCCGCCGCUUUUAUCUUUCAAACUCCCCCAUGACCUAUCAUCCAAAGUCGAUCAUGGCUUGCGCUCUCUUCCUGGCCACCAAGACAGAUAACUACUACAUUUCCCUUCGGCACUUCGCAGAGGUAAUACCCGGUAAAACAACAGCUGAAGAGGUGAUUGCCCCAGAGUUCUUGAUCAUGCAAAGUCUUCGCUUCACCUUCGAUGUUCGCCACCCUUUUCGCGGCCUUGAAGGAGGAAUCAUGGAGCUCCAGGCUAUGUCCCAAGGUAUGGGACAGCCAGCACCUCACCUUCCACACCAAACAUCAGAAGACCUCCGCCGUGGAAUAUUAUCCCUUCCUCCACCCCAAGCUGGGGUGCCCCCCUCAAACUCUAUCUCAGACCGUCUCGCCCGGGCUCACCACACGACCAGGGAGACGCUCAAAUCCGCCGCCCAAAUGACAGACGCUUACUUCCUUUACACCCCAUCACAAAUCUGGCUAUCUGCCUUCCUCCUCGCCGACAAACCCCUGGCUGAAUUUUACCUGGACACCAAACUCGGCGGCCCCAUCACCCCUCAAACCGCCGAUCCAACAGGAAACCUCCUUCACGAGCUCCGUACAAAACUCCUCCAAACUCUCACAAACUGCUCCAUCCUCCUCCAUUCUUACAAACCGCUCUACUCAGACCCAGAAAAGGCAAAGCUUCUAAAGCGCAUCGGCAAGAAACUCUACCACUGCCAAAACCCAGAAAAGGCGAACCUGGCCGGCCAGAAACGCAUCCCCGCUGCUGCGGCAGGAUCAGCAGAGGGAACAUCGGAAAGCGAAGUAGAGCGUCUCGCGAAAAAGCGCAAGCUCGAGCGUGAACAGAAUGCUCGGGCUGGUGAUAUCUUUGGAGGUGAAUUGGUGACGCAGCGGACCAAGCAACAACCACCUGGCAAUCCAGACGGAACGGGGUAG